CUUCAAGCAGUAGUUCUCCCUUUCAUACAGAACAGAGACACUUACACUAUACUUAAUCCGCGUGUGGCUCCUUGGUUUUUCACUGAUGAUUUAAGCGGAUGUGACGUUUUCGUGGCAACUGCUCCAAACCGAGGCAGCCGCCCCAUGGUUAUACAUUCUAACCGGUUAUUGUAUAUUAAGGACCUGGCAAAGGAUCUCCAAUCGAAGGGAGAAGAUGUUGACGAAAUGCUAAAAAGAAUUUCAAAGUCGGAUGGCUAUGAAUGGAAGGUGAUUGCCCGCGUCUACUAUGGACCGACAACCGAAACAGGAAAGGAAAAAAUUGGUUUGAAUCGCUAUGCCGAUGAACACCGAGGAAUUAAACUCAUAGGUUAUCAAAGGAUACAUGGAUGGAAAAAUGAAAAUUUUGCGUUUUUUGGUCAUUACAUCGGGCCCAAAGCCAUAGCCAAAGCCAGGGGAUAUCAACCGUGCUGGAGAUUCAUUUUCAAAGGAUAUUCGACUGGCACAAUACUAAGUAAAUUCAGAGUGUCUGCAAAAGGAGAUUUGUUUUAA